AAUCAAUCACCUUCCCCUUCCAUCGUGUGUUCAGUUGACUGCGGUUGAAGGGUGAGGGUGGCAACUGGCCCAGAGCAGGCCCUGCUCAUUGCCGACCCCUUCGAGUAUUACCCCUCACUUGGACACUCCAUUCCACGUAGUAGCUUGGAGUAGGAGGAGCAGGAGGAGGAGGAAGAGGAAGAGGUGGAGAAGAAGCAGAAUCGUUCGCAGCAGCGCCAUCACCUGCACCUCUCUGAAAGUAGUUCAACAAGCUGUUACGAUCGUGCUCCGCACAACAUAGAUAGUAAGGAGAUCAUGGCUUUUAGACAUCAAAACUGGCAGUGGUUUGGACACAAGAUUGAUGUUGAUUGCUAAUCAUAUCGUCAGAGACAGUAACUGUUGCUGAAAUUUAUGUUCCUAUUCAUCUUAGCGAUAUAUUUUUAUUCCUAGGUCUUGAAACCCAUGUCUCUCAGAGAGACGUGAAGGAGAUUGUUUCGAGAUGACGACAUACCCGACUGGACCUCCUACAUGUGGGAGCUCCGAAGACCCAACGUGCAAGGUCUUGAUUACAUCAAUGUCACAGAGAGGCCUUUGGCAGUGUUUAGUUUCUGGUUUCUGGUGGUGGUUGCUGUGGCAAUUUUCCAUAUUUACAGGGCAUGGCACGUAAGAAAGCAUCCAUGCAGCCCUGUCACUCUGUCGGAGACUAGCUCCAGCAAAUCGGCAAGGAGUCAGAACACGUAUCAAGAUUGCAGUGGUGGAAAUGGCGUGGCGGAAUCAGCAGCAGCUGAAUCCGUGAUUGAAGUGGAAGAAAGUGAGGGAGGUUCAAAUGUGCAAUUCGAUGGCUACCGAAAAGUGAUAGGAGGGGAAAUAUGCUGGUGCUUGUUGAUUCUGGGACCCUUGCAGUGGAUUUGUCUUUACAUCGUCGUGCUGCUGGAUGCGUACUACUCAUGUCAACUGACCGGCAUUAACAAUCUCUGCUUUUAUGGAACCUACUUCAUCUUUGGGUCGUACGACCGCAACGGCUCGGUAUUUUUCACUCUUUGGUGCUUGUCAGCGAUAUGGUUUACGGUGUUGGUUGUGUACAAACGAGAGAUGCAUAACUGGUUCAGAUUGCCGUGUGCUCUAGCUAGUGCACAUGUAGUACAGGUCUGGGCCAAGGGUCAACAGCAGAUCCUAUCCGUCAAAGUCCUCAGCCUUGUCCAUAUUGUGCGCAAAGUGAAGGAUACGUUGUCUAGACAUGAACGGCUGGAUCACACAGAGACGGUUGCUGUGACGAGGACAGAGAUGGGCACGCUCCACUUCCUUUCCAAAGGGCAGAGGCAUCUGAUUUCUGAGGACGGCACUCUUCACUUGGCGCACUUUGAUGGAGGUCAUACGUUUCGAGAUUUUCACAAAGUGGCGGAGGGAUUGUCCAGACAGGAAGCGCGUGCGAGGUAUGACAAAAUCGGACCCAACGAAAUGCCAUACAGGCCAGAGGCAAUAUGGGUGUCCAUUGCGGAGGAGAUGUUCACAUUGUUUAAGGUGUACCAGUUUCUCAUCUAUUCCAUCUGGCUUUGGCUCUCCUACCUUUUUGUUGGGGCCCUUCUCUUAUCUAUUGUGCUGGUUGCUGCACUCAUCACCACUGCUAAUCGUCGGCGAGCCCAAUUUGCUAUUGCCAAGCUCACAGAAUAUGAAAGCAAUGUGGAAGUCAAGAGAGAUGGAAAUUGGACGAAUAUUGAUUUUCUCAACCUAAUCCCAGGUGACGUUGUCAAAGUGUACAGCAAUUGGUCCCUACCUUGUGAUCUUCUAAUAAUAAAAGGAGUGUGUGUGUGCAAUGAGAGCAACCUAACGGGAGAGGCAAUACCGGUGCACAAGUACAGUUCUCCGGAGAAUGACUCCGUUUAUGAGGCGGACAGUCCUGGGGGAGCGCACCACACCUUGUUUUCGGGCACGCAGGUGCUGCAGGCAGGAGCAGGAGACGGAUCCACGGAAGCACUGGGUAUUGUUACAGCGACAGGAAUGAGCACAUCCAAAGGAAGAUUGCUAAGCAUGAUCCUCUUUCCUGAGCAAAUGGUGUUCAAGUAUGACGAAGAGCUACCGAUAGUAGUGGGACUACUCUUGUGUUAUGCAGCUGUUUGCUUUGCCAUGUCUCUCAUCUUCCAGUACCGGAACGGACAACAAAGCACCUGGAUUACCAAAUGGAGUUACUGCAUCGCCAUUAUCAGUCAGAUUAUGUCACCGUUGCUUCCUGUUUCCCUUGAGAUUGGACAAAUCUAUGCAUCUGAGCGCCUCAAGAACCUUGGCAUAUUCUGCCUCAAUGCGAAAAGAAUUGCAACUGCUGGAAAGAUACGGGUAUUCUGUUUUGAUAAAACAGGGACACUCACCAACGGCGGGUUGGAUUUUAUUGGUCUUCGAGGGGUCGAGAAUUCGCAGUUCUGCCCCACCCAAUCCCCUUUGAAACACGAUCUCAUCCCCAAUAUCCUAUUGCAAGGUCUUGCCACUUGCCACGCCGUCACUAAAUUUGGCGCUCAGUUUGUGGGUAAUGAAGUCGAGGUAAAAAUGUUUUCGUCCGUAGGUUGGGACCUUGCUGAGGGGGUUACUACUGCGCAGCCAUAUCCCACUGUUUUCAACCGGUGCACUGGGGAUGCAAUCACUAUUUUGAGGCGGAAUGAGUUUCAGCAUCCUCGUGCAACCAUGAGUGUAGUAAUUCGAGACAACACUGGUGAGCUUCAUGUGUACUGCAAGGGGUCUUUCGAAAAAAUUCAGGAAGUGAGUAGUGUUGCGAGUUUACCAGUGGACUACAUUCAGACUGCCAAGAAUCAUGCUCUCAAUGGCUGCUAUGUGUUAGGUCUCAGUCACAAGAGCUUAGGCAAGGAUUUUACCGUGGAUUCGGUGAACGCUCUCACUCGUGAUGAUCUGGAGGCCGACCUUAAUUUCAUCGCCCUUCUUCUCUUUCGAAAUGAGCUUAAAUCAGACAGUCAUACUGCAAUUUUGGAUCUGCGUGAUGGUAAGGUUCGACCAGUGAUGGUCACUGGUGACAAUGCACAAUGUGGACUCUACAUCGCGAAGGAGUGUGCAAUGGUUGCGGAAAAUGUUCAAGUCUUGUGAGCUGAGGUCAACGACGAAGGCAGUCUGCAAUGGCAACCUAUGGCGACAAUUUCUUCCAGAAGUAGCCAGGCUCUAUCCACGACAGACAUGGUUAGAGUGCAUCAGAAAGGCCUGGAGGCCGGACUGACAGAGUUGGCUGUAACAGGGAAGGCAUUCAAUGAUCUAUGCAGGUUGGGGAGAAUGCAAGAGCUGCUUUUGUAUACCCGGAUCUUUUCUCGAUUCACUCCUGCGGAUAAGGUGAAAGUAGUGAGCAUGUGCGGAGAUGGUGGAAACGAUUGUGGUGCUCUGCGUUGUGCUCAUGCUGGACUUGCCCUUAGUGAAGCGGAGGCGUCAGUGGUGUCUCCCUUCACCUCCAAAGCCAAGACUAUUACUUCUGCGGUUGAACUGGUGCGCGAAGGUCGAGCAGAUUUGCAUACUUCAUUCGCGUGUUAUAAGUUCCUCAUUAUUUACGGCUUGAGUUUCUCCAUCCUCAAGCUGUCCUUCAACUG